UGUUCACAACCACUGUCAUAUUUUUGCUCUUUCUGCAUAAUUUUUUGAUAAUUUUCCAGAUAGCGACAGGCUUCAAAGAGAAGACAGCAUUCAUCAUUGCAAUUUAUCUGCAGGUUGGACAUUGUCAUUGAUAAUGGUCUUCAAAUUUGAUAUACACACUCAUAUUUUACCACCGGAAUGGCCUGAUUUAAAACAGCGUUAUGGUUACGGAGGGUGGCUUAGGGUAGAGCCACACCAAAAUGACCCCAAGAAAGCAAGUCUAUACAAAGACGACGGAAGAUUUUUCCGGGCCAUUGAAAGCAAUUGUUGGUGUCCAGAAGACAGAAUACAAGAUAUGAAUAGAACAGGUGUUCAUGUACAACUUUUAUCAACGGUUCCCGUCAUGUUCAAUUAUUGGGCAAAGCCUGAAGAUACUUUGGAUCUUUGUCGCAUUCUAAAUGACCACAUUGCAUCUGUUUCUGGAAAACAUUCUAAGAGGUUUGUUGGAUGUGCUACUGUACCUCUACAGAAUCCUGAACUAGCUGCCGAGGAACUUAAACGUAGUGUGGUAGAUCUAGGCAUGUCUGCCGUUAUGAUUGGCUCCCAUAUUAACGAUUGGAACUUAGAUGAACGUGCACUUGAUCCAUUUUACAAAACAGCUGAAAAUUUGAACUGCCCUAUAUUUGUUCAUCCAUGGGAUAUGGACACAAGUGGAAGAAUGAGCAAAUAUUGGUUGCCAUGGCUGGUUGGGAUGCCUGCGGAAACUACAAUUGCCCUCUGCAGUGUACUAUUUGGGGGAGUCCUCGAACGAUUUCCCCAACUCAAGAUGUGUUUCUCACACGGUGCAGGAGCCUUUCCUUACACGAUCGGAAGGAUCGAACAUGGAUUCAAAGUUAGGCCUGAUUUAUGUGCAAUUGAAAACAACACACCACCCAGUGAGUAUUUAGGAAAAAUAUAUUCGGACAGCCUUGUGCACAAUGAAGAUUCUCUGAAGCUACUAUUAAAAUUCAUGGGUGAAGAGCAAGUUUUACUAGGAAGUGAUUAUCCCUUUCCACUUGGAGAACACUCUCCAGGAAAAUUAAUAGAAGAUACAACACAUACUCGAGAUAUUAAGGACAAGAUUUUGGGAGAGAAUGCAAUGAGAUUCCUGAAUACAAAGAUGGAGGAUUUUAUGUGAAAAAUACUUCAAUAUUCAUUAAAUUUUUGCCAAUAUAAUUCUGUACACUUGAAUUUUUGACGCUAAUAUUUUUGAAGACAAUUUUCUGCUAAAGAGCAAAAGAGGAAAAAUACUUAAAAACUAAUUUAUUUUA